AUGGAUCCAGAUGUGUCCAAUAACAAAACGCAGGGACAUCUUGGUUCCGGAUUAUCUGCAAAACUAUCGCUGCCAAAAGGGAUUUGUUCGAAUGAGAGCCAGAUAGUGGCUGCUAUCAAGAAACAGGAAAGCGGUGUACCUGUAAAAGAAAUCAGCCGGGAACUGGGUAUCAACCAGGCAACUUUUUAUAACUGGAAAGCCAAAUAUGGCGGCAUGGAAGUCAGCGAUGUCAAGAAAAUGAAGGACAUGGAAGCUGAACUGAGCCAGUAUAAAAAGAUUGUUGCUGAACUCACCUUUGAGAACCCGUCCCGUUCGAUGGUUAUCCGCAGACAGCAGGAAGCUGGUAAAUUGGUCAAAGACCUGGCCCGCGAGCAUGGUAUCAGUGAGGCCACCUUUUACAAUUGGAAGGCCAAAUAUGGCGGUAUGGAAGCUAAUGAAGUAAAGCGAUUAAAAGACCUGGAAGAGGAAAAUAGUCGCUUAAAACGUAUUGUAGCUAACCUUACCCUGGAAAAUGAUGCUAUAAAAAACGUGCUCGAAAAAAAGUUCGGCGGCCUGACGAUAAACGGCAAGCGACAGCAGGAAGCUGGUAAAUUGGUCAAAGACCUGGCCCGCGAGCAUGGUAUCAGUGAGGCCACCUUUUACAAUUGGAAGGCCAAAUAUGGCGGUAUGGAAGCUAAUGAAGUAAAGCGAUUAAAAGACCUGGAAGAGGAAAAUAGUCGCUUAAAACGUAUUGUAGCUAACCUUACCCUGGAAAAUGAUGCUAUAAAAAACGUGCUCGAAAAAAAGUUCGGCGGCCUGACGAUAAACGGCAAGCGGUAA